AUGGCUCAAGAAGAUCCCAUAGACCAAAGUAGCGGGAACUGGUAUCAGUACGUGUCGAAUGAAGAAAUUGGGUUAUGGCCAUCGAGCAGGUUCAAAGAGAGCUCCGGGACAGGGGUAGAAUGGGGAGGUGAAGUCUACGACUACGACUCAUAUAUCCGUGAUACCUUCAUUAUCGACGAAAACUAUCAGACAGAUAAUACUGUGAAGAACACGGAGUCUUAUACGGACAACAGUCAUGGUUAUAAAGUGAGAGACUCGACAGAACAUGGUGGAAAGUAG